AUGGAUUACCAGGAACUCGCAGACAUCAUUGCCACCAAGGGCCCACUCGGAAGACAGUUCCUCGAGCGCCCAAAAAAGACCAGGCCACUUAUCCUCCAUACAACAGGAGGCGUGCAAACCGCUAACCUCGGCAGAAGCACCUCGAAGCUGAGCCACGAGCUAGACGAAGUUAUUACCAGACAUGUCCUGCUAGGAAAGGAGUAUCCCGGGCCCGCAUAUUUUACCGUUCUGCGGCGGCGGCACUUUUGGGAGAACGACGGAGCACCCGUGUCAGUCAUGCUGGAUAUUCCGAAGUACAUUGCGACGCGCAUUAAGAAGAAUUCUGCUGCUAUGGACGCAGCGCUAAUUGAUCUGCCGAAGCUUGUUGGGUGUGUCUGGAAGUUUACGUUGUGCAGCUCUAAGGAUGCGGAUUUGGUUCGCUUGCAGUGGUUUUAUGAUCACUUGGUGGCUGCUAAAGAGGAACCUCGAGCUGGGACAUUUGGUGCAGAACUAAUUAUAUAG